AUGCCCCCUGCCACCACCAUCACUACCACCGCAGCAGUAUCCACAGACUAUGGCAUGCCCCUCCACGAGCCCCUCAUUCAGUAUCCAAGCCUCGCAUGGCAUAUGCCGCAACAACAACAGCAUGUACAACAGCAAUACAUACAACAGCAGCAACUUCAAAUGGAUCAUACGCAGCGCCAACUUGACCUUCAAUGCACCAUCGUUCAACAACUCCAACUUGGUGGAACCGCCAGCCUCUUUGGGCAGCAGCUGGCCCAUACUACUCGUCUUUCCAACACACGUAUGGUUCCCACAAACACCGACCUUGGGUCUUUUGAAGGAGGAGCGAGUAUCUAUACCAUGAACGAUAUCCCCAACAACGCUGCUAUGUUACGGCCGCCCGCGGACACCAACACUCCCAUGUGCAACAAUAAUAACAACAGCGACAACAAUGACAAUAUCAACAAUGGUGCUGCUUUGUGCACGCAUGAUGCACCCGUACAUGGUUCAAACUUUGUUCUUGUUCGGGAUAUGGUGCAUCAUUCGGAGGAACAACGUCAAGCCUUGGAGCAGCAGCAGCAGCAAUAUGCGAGCAAUGAAAACCUCAUCAUGCAAACGCAUACGCCUGAGACAGCUGCAGGGGCAAAGCAACAGUACAGUGACAAACUCUGUUAUCAGUACUUUUACGCCAUACUUGCCCAUGCCGCUGCACCACCUUGCGGUCAGCCCACAGACCAACGUACCCUCCGAGAUGUCUCAUCUGCAGCAGCCGCAGUCAUCAUUUGUUUCUCCGACGCCACCGCCAUUGUUCAUUCAAUGUACGUUGCAGCAGACACCACCUAA